UGUCGCCGCUCUCACCUGCUCAAAUGGGCCCGAGUCCUGGGCUAUGUACGGGAAACGGGGAAGUGCCCUCCUGUGCUUGCUAUACAUAACUGCCGCUGCUUGCACCUCGCUCUUCGUCACAAACCUGGACCUUUGGACGUCGAUUCCCCCAGCACUCCUUCUCCGCAUGGCCCCUUCAUCUGAUCAUUCAUUAGCCGACGCUUCGGGCUCACAGAUCGAGGCACUCGAGCAACCUCUCCAGCUCAAGCUCGACAUCUAUGCUGCUGAAGGUCGCGCGCGCGCUCCUAGCGUAGACUCUGGCUAUGGGACAUCUCCGAGCUUGCGCUCGUCACUUGGUCCGGCGGUCUGGCAGCUGUACGAGGCGUGGAAGGCCGCGGACGACGCCGCACAGCGUCUUCCUGCCGAAGUGCAGGCAUUGGAGACGUGCCAAUCGCUACUGCGCGAAGCGAAGGAAAGACGUGGGGCGGUUCGGAAUACCGUGCAGCCAAAGCGCAGGCUAUCUUCGAUGUCACUCCCCGCUCUAAGGAAGCGUUCCAUGCACUCGGUCGCCCCCGCCUCUACGUACCCCACGGACUUCACGGCCUCCGCAGCACCAUUCGGCGAAUCAUCCCGCACCGUGGAGCAGCUCGAGACGGAGGUGGAUGAGCUACAACGCUCGGUUGCACAGACGCGAGUAGUCGCGGAGCAGCUUGAUGAGUGCUUUGACAAGUUGUUGCUUGUCCUCGAUGGUGGAUGCCCCGUCUCGCCGGAAUCGCUGCGCAGCCCCAGUAUCAUCAGCACCUACUCUGGACCCUCCCAAGACCCAGAUCUGUAUCGGCGAGCACGGAAGACCGUCGCAGCGCGGGACGGCAUGCAUCUUGUCACACUUUCCACCACCAAGGCGCUCCAGCACGCAUGCCGCGCUGUACAAGCUGCGCAUCACCUGUACCAGGAGGCGAAGGAGAACGUAGACCUUCUUUGUGGGCCGAACCGGAGCAAGCUCGCGGUGAUCUUCUCCGACGAAGAAAGCCGAAACCGAACGUACCUCGAGGCCGCGACGCGCGCACAAGAGGCGCAGGCCUGCUACGACGAGUGCCUGAACUCGUUGCGGCCGCAUUGGGACCUGCUCACCCGCCCGGAGCUCGAGGCGUACGAGAAUCUUCACAACACUGGUCUCCUCCAGGCCGCGACGCUGUACCGACUUAUGUACGGCGGCCCUAACUUCGCCAUGGGCAUCAAGCAGGAGGUCCAGUUCAUGAUACAGCGGCAGCAUGAGGUGUUCCUACAGUUGACCAACUUCGCGGCCGGGGUGCAGAACUGCACAGCGCACUGCGAGGCCGUUGAGCGGGAGGCGCGUGCGAGCCGCGAUGCCGCUCGCAGGCAGCUGAUCGCGGUGUAUUCUCAGGUAGACGAGGAUAUGGAGAAGGCUUUAGUGAACUGACGCGGGCGGUGAGCCGGAGAAUAAUUCAUGUAGUCGCACCUCAGGAGCCAUAGUAGCUAGAUGUAUGUAAUACAUAACUUUUAUUCGGAAUACUGGCUUUUGAUAGGCCGUCGUUCAAUAUGG